AUGGACGUCCAAGUUCCCACAAAAAGCCUGGCCUCUCUGCCCAUCAUCGACUUCGAAGCUAUCGCCAACAAGGAUGUGACAGAAAUUCAAAAGCUCGUUCAGGCAGGCCGGACCCAGGGCAUGUUUUAUCUGAACCUCCAAGGCCCUCGGACAAACGGAGUCUUUGAUGAUAUUCCCACCUUAUUUAAAGCCGGGAACGCCUUUUUCAGUCUCCCUGCUGAUUGCGAAGAGAAGACCAAAGCCCUUCGAACGGGGGUGGAGCGCGGUUACCACCCCAGUAAAGGAUUUGAGUACUACGAGAUUCCUCGCGAUGAGUACGCUGCUGGAAGCUGGGAGUUGCCUGCAACCCUACAACCGGAACAAGAGCGCAUCGCACGAACAAUGGAAACCUUCCAUGGCGCCUUGCAAAUAGUUCUGGCUGAACUUUGCGCCAGUGUCGGCAUCACUAUUCCCGAAUUGAGCGACGACUCCACAACUCCCAGUGACACCGCCCUCAAAUUCGUCUACAAGUUCCCCAUUCAUGAACCCGGAAAGGUGAUUAAUGGCGCUCACACUGAUUUUGGUCUUGCUACGCUGCUCUGGUAUGAUGAGGAAACUACACAAGUGCCAAUCUAUGAUGAAAAUGGGGAGCGGACAGAGGAAUGGCUAACAAUUCCUGUGGUGGGGGGCUCAGUCCUUGUGAAUGUUGCCGAUGAGCUGGCAGCUAGGUCUAAUGGGUCCUUGCACUCUACAGUGCAUCGUGUGGUUGCACCACCAGGUGCUAAGAGACAUAACUCAGCUCUGAAGUUCAGGCCUGCGGCCAAUCAUCAGUUGUUGUGGGUUGUGUAA